AUCUCAUUUAAUUAACAAAGAAUAAAAAUAUGAAGUUGAUCAGAUCCAAUUUGCCUUUAUAUUUUAUUGUGCUGUCCCUGUUUGUAGCCUCAAGUUUAGCCAUCCGUUUUCCAAACCAAGAUUCUCCAAUUCGUGAGCUAGAGCAAUGCGUUCAACGCUGCCAAAGCCAGAGCGGUGAGCAGCAGUUGGAGUGUGUACUUGAAUGCGCGGAGGAUAUUCCAGCCGAACAAAGAAGUAAUGAAGCUAACCCACAAAGUCAGCUGCAGCAAUGCAUUCAUGGUUGUCAAAGGGAACAAGGCGGAGAAAAACAGAUUGAGUGCGUUCAUCAAUGUGUUGAGAAGGUUGGAAAACAAGGUAGCAAUCAAUAUAGUGAGCUAGAGCAAUGCGUCCAGCGACGUUGUGGAUCUGGGCAAAGCAGAUGGGAACGGGCGGAGUGUGUUCAAGACUGUAUUGAAGAGCUGCAAGGAGGAGGGAAAUGGGUUAGUGAUGAUUUGCUUGAGGUUAUGAUCAACCCGUACCGUCCUGAGCAAGAGCAGUACGAAGAGUGCCGCCGCGACUGUGAAAGACGUGGUAGUCGUGGUCAGAGCCAGCAAUGGCAAUGCCAGAAGAGAUGUCAGGAAGAAUUCGAGAAGGAGAGUCAUGGGAGAGUACACCAUUUUGAUAACCAAGCUCAUUUUGAACCCUUCCAAAUUUGCCAACAAAGAUGCCAAGGAAAAACAACCCGUAGCCAGAAACUGCAGUGUGAAAUACAGUGCAUCGAAGAAUUUCAGGGGGAAAGAGGUCUUGAUAUUUAUGUUGAAGACUCUGAAAAAGCCGACAUUUAUGGUAUAUGCAUGGAUCAAUGCCGAAGACUUCCUCUUUCUGAGAGCAAUACAUGUACCUGGGCAUGUUCUCCAUUACAGUUUCUGGUUGAGAACCCGACCCGUGACCCACAACAGCAAAGGUAUCGUCAGUGUCAACAAAGAUGUCAAAAGCAAGGAAGAGGUUUUGAAUGUGAGAUGAAGUGUCAGCAAGAGUUUCAAGGACAGAAAGGCCAAGGGUCUCGUUUUGGAUUCCCGGAAGAGUCCGACAAUCGGUACCAGGACCCACAAAAACGGUUCCAAGAGUGCCAACAAAGCUGCCAAAUGCAGCCAAGGCAACAGAAAAUGCAGUGCCAAAGGAAGUGUAGGCAACAAUUCCAAACAGAAACUGGAAUUUCUCCCCGACAAGACAGCUUCUUUCCUGGAUUUCACUGGUGGUUGGUUCUAAGAGAUGAGGAGUUUUCAGAUUAACUAAUGAAUAUAAUUCCGAAGGCCUAGUUUCUGUUUAUGAAUAAAUUGUAGUUUUGUAUGAUAAGUAAUGCAUGUAGCUUUCACUUUUGUGUUCAUUUUUUUUUCUUCUGUAGUAGUGGGGGAUUAGCGUAUGUUUAGUGCUCAUCUUUCCCUCUUUUGAGAUCAAUAAAAUUUACUCGCCCAUGUGCUUCGUUAA